AUGGUAUCCAUGAGCGAAUUCCAGUUUAUACCAAUCAGCAGAAUGUACUAUCUUCUUGAUGCCCAACUCCGUGAAAGACUCCCGCAACUCUACCCCGAUCUUCGCAGCAAGCAUCAGAACCUGACCAUAGCUAAAAAGUUAACUUCCAUAUCAAAUAGCUUUUUCAAACAUGGUCAUGGUAUAGGGUUCAUGCUUGGGGUUUAUCUCGACCUCGUUUGCACCUCCAUGGAGAACAUCAGAAUGGUGCCUCGCCCACCCUUCAUCUUUCCAGGAUCCGUGGUUUCUCAAGCAGCGGUGACUGGAUAUCCGACUGCUGAUCCUAUAAGGAAACUACGCAUGUAUCGCGUGGGAGAGGUCGUCCAUGCCGGAAGAUUUAUAUUGAAGGAAAUUGUCUACGCAGUUAACAACAUUGGAAACCCCGUAAACCAGGCUAACUCUAUUGCUCUCGCUGGACACGCCCUCAACCUGAAUGAGGACUUUCUUGUCCCCCAGGGUAGCAGCAGUAACACCAAUGGUAACAAUUGA